AUGAAUGAUCCUCUUCCCAUUCCCGGAACGGUCCAGCAGGUGGAUGUUGACCACAACCUCAACCCGAGGCACAACAAAGAGCAACAAGAUAUCGUCUUGAUUCCUCGCCCGAGCUCUCAUCCAGACGACCCUCUCAAUUGGUCCCGCAGCCGCAAGUCUUUGAGCAGUACCUGCCAAAUGGCUUGGUGUUUCUUUGCCGCCGCCCUCAUCAGUGGCCUGUCGUCAUCAUACCUCCUUAUCUCAGAAGACACGGGUAUUUCCGUAGCAGACCUCAGCACAGGAAACGGCCUCAUGUAUCUCUUCAUGGGGUGGGGAACCCUUUUGACCCAGAACUUAGCGCAGGACUUUGGACGUCGGCCAGUUUUCCUAGUUGGUAUGCUAGGGGCAUCACUGUUGCAGGUCUGGUCUGCUUAUAUCUCGUCGGUGGGCGAAUGGUACGCCAAUCGAAUCCUUCUUGGAAUUUUCGUUUCACCUCAAGAAGCCUUGAUCGAGCUUUGUAUUGCGGAUAUUCACUUUGCUCAUGACCGGGGCUUUCAUAUGGGCAUUUAUAAUUGGACUUUGUGGUGUGGUGCUUUCUUGUCACCUAUCGCUGGUGGAUUCGUUGCUGAGAGGUUCGGGUGGAGAUGGAUCCAAUACAUCCUGGCGAUUAUUUGCCUUUGCUUCACAAUUACGACUUUCUUCACCUUUGAAGAAACAAUGUUCUUCCGCCAAGUGAACAUUCAAGAACCAAUAUUUUCUAACCCCAAAGAUGCCAGCAGCCUUGAGACUGCGCAUAACGCUUGCGAGAAGAUUGUCGGCGAAUCCAAAGAUCCAGAGGGCUCCAAUACUCCCCCUGCGGUUGCUGAGCAGAUGUACGAAGUCAAAACAUACGUCCAAAAACUGAAAUUCUGGGGAUUCAGACACCCCUCUCAGCCAUUCAAUUUCUUUCGGUCAAUCACACUGUCCUUCCGACUUUUACUAUUCCCCACACUCAUCUUCUCCGGUCUUCUGGUUGGAAGUAUUCUCGCUUGGUACAAUGUCUUGGGCGGCUCCUUGGCGGAAGUUCUGGGUGGUGCGCCCUAUAAUUUUAGCACAGAGGCGAUCGGCCUUAGCUACUUCGCGAGUGUGAUAGGAGUGUCGAUUGGGUGCUACUUCAGCGGCUGGCUCAGUGACAUUCUUGCGAUAAAGCUGGCCAGAAGGAGACAUGGUAUCAAGGAGCCCGAGGACCGUCUCUGGAUGUUCUUGAUUCCUAUUCUCGCCCAUCCUGUGGGUUGCCUUCUUUAUGGAGUGGGAGCAAGUCACCAUAUUCCAUGGAUUGGAGUUGUCAUUGGAAUGGCACUCAUCUGCGUUACAUUGCCGAUGGGAUCUGGCUUAGCUAUUACCUACAUCAUUGACAGUCAAAAGGAGUUGGCGGGAGAGUCUAUUGUGACUGUUAUCCUGAUCCGUAACACAAUCGGCUUUGCUUUCGCAUAUGCGGUCAACCCCAUGAUAACAAACAUGGGACUUGAGAAUACAUUCAUUCUGAUAGCAGUGCUGGGAAUACUUUUCUGGAGUGGUUGUUUCCUGUGGAUCAAAAUUGGCAAAGCUGCUCGAAGAUCUAUUGCCAAACCCUACUGGAAUCUGGUUGAGAGUCAUGGACUUGCCGCCCACUGA